UAUAUGACGGAGACACCUUCUAGACAUUUGAGUUAGCACCUACUUGCCGCUGACCACCUUACCGCUGAUGACAGGGCUGCGACAUAUGCGGUAGAGUCGCUCAUUUGCGAAAGAUGUUUGCAAAUCCAGUCAAUGCUGAAGAGUGUGCGCAUAUCAGCCCCUAUUGCGCAGGAGUAAUUACUGCGGGGUCUCGAGUUGAACAGAGCCUCUGGGCUCCAGCUUUUGCCCACUUGAAAACCAGUAUAUUGGGUAUCGCCGCGUCCGCUUAAUGACUCAAGGUGUGAGAUAGAACUCGUUUGUUGGUGGCUCACCCCUUCAAUCUAGCCCAUAUUAUGCCGUUGCUAAGAACUGUUCUUAGCCUCAAGACUCUGCCCGAGCUUGUUGAGUUCGCGCGUGCCUGUUUCUCUGUACCUGGCUCAAGACAUCGGCCAGUGGUUACUCGAAAAGAAACGCCGGACUUUGGGGGUAAGCGGUUGAUAUUUGUGUUACUGAGAGGGGCAAGAAUCUGUCGUCGAUGCGGAGGAUCUCGAUACAAUCUUGGUGGCCAGUCUUGGUCUACCCUGAGAUGGGCUGGGAACGAUAUCUUCGAGAACUACCAACAAAGAGAUGGAGAAGGUGGCAUCAGAGCCUUCUUCUAAGCACACUCGGUGAAAUCAUGCAGGGGAUAUGAGAUGAACCAAGUUGAUGCUUGAGGCGAAGCAGGGACCGAGUGGAAUGAAUGGAUCUCCCAAGUCAAUCGCGUAUGCAUUAUUAAAUGCUGAACAAAGCUCGCGAAAAGGAAACACUCUUGAGGGAUCUAUUCCAGACCAACCAAGAGGUCCGGGGUGAAUGAGGCAGAAAUGAAGCUCACUCAACGCGCGACUUUAUGAGGAUUGGGAAAGGAUUGUAUCUAUGCUCCGUAUGCCUAUACAAAUAAU